GGCUUACUGGCAGUUGAACAGCAUGGAUUCCGACCAGGACGAUCCUGCUUAACAAACUUACUGUUAGCUAGGGAAGAUUGGGUCGAGGCCAGAGAUAAAAACCUUCUGUUGGACGUGGUUUUUAUUGAUCUUAGCAAGGCAUUCGACAAAGUAUCCCACUUAGGUCUCCUUAGUAAACUUAAAGGUUUCGGACUAGACCAAUGCCUAUGUGAGUGGUUUAGGGAUUACCUAAUGGAUAGAAGGCAGAAGGUUAGGGUUAACGGUGUACUAUCAGGGUGGAAAGCAGUAUCCAGUGGAGUGCCCCAGGGAACUGUAUUAGGCCCCUUGCUAUUCCUAUUAUACGUUAAUGAGCUACCAGGGAUUCUUACUUCAUCUUCAUUGUUAUUUGCAGACGACAUUAAGAUAUGGAAAACUGUGAACAAUAGCGAGGAUAGGUCGGCCCUACAAACUGAUCUAGAUAAAUUAGCGGAGUGGUCGAACCUGUGGAGUUUGAAAAUGAAUUCUAGGAAAAGCGCAGUAAUGCACUUAGGUCAGAAGUCUUAUACGUCGUACUCCCUAGGGGACACAGAACUACCUGAUGUUAACGAACAGAAGGACCUAGGAAUCAUUGUCAGCAAUGAUUUGAAAACAACUGCAAACUGCAAUGCAGCCGCAGCUAAGGCUUUUCGAAUGCUAUGGGCACUCCGUAGGGCUUUCAAACGAUUAGAUGAGGGCAUGUUCCAAAUACUCUACGCAACAUAUGUUAGGCCUCAUCUAGAAUACUGCGUACAAGCGGCGGGUCCAUGCUUCAAAAAGGAGGCAUAUAUCCUGGAAAGAGUACAGAGAGUAGGAACGAAACUAGUUAGUGGUAUAUCACACCUUCCUUAUGAUAAGAGGAUGGAGCAUCUAAAUCUCUUUCCGUUAUCAUACCGAAGGAAGAGAGGCGACCUAAUUUUGGCUUACCGUAUACUUAAGGGUGACUUAGGAACUGACCUUUCUAAACUUUUCUCUCCUUCUAGGAUACAUUUACGGGGUCACCGCAAAAAGGUGCUCAAACCGAGGACGAUUAAAAUACGUGCAGAAUUUAGAUUCUCUCAUAGAGUGGUCAACGACUGGAACUCCUUACCUGAUUCAGUAGUAACAGCUCCAUCGGUGAACGCUUUCAAAGAGAAGUUAGAUCUCUGCAGAGAUAUAUUUUGCAAGGAUUAACACAGGCCACAAGAGCCUUCUAUCCUUAUCAACUGAAUCUGAAUCUGAAAUGUCUAGACGUCAAAGUGAAAGAAGAUGGUGUAAUGUAUUUUGUGCAUUACCAAGGUUGGAAUAAAAACUGGGAUGAAUGGGUGACAGAGAAACG